CUAGAUAUUUGUGACUCUAAAGUUCUUUACUAGAUACACUGAUCGAGUAAAUUCUUGCCAACUAACUACCUUCUAAUAAAAAUGUGAAUGUCACCUCAAGAGCAGGCAACAACGAUAAAACUUGUAUUACCGUUUCCAGUCUUUACCACCAGGCAGCUUACCACCGUCCCCAAAGCGUUUGUCAACUUCACAUACUUUGAAAGGACUGGUCAGUUUUUGUUUUCAGUGUGUCGUGUGAAUGAGAGAUACGCCUUCAGUUUACUCGGUAUGUGCUGAGUAAAAAGAAUGAUAGCGAUUAGGAGCGAGAGGUAUAGACAUUGAUAUUUUAUAGAUAAAUAGUACGUCUAGCGUCCGCGUAUAUGUGUGUUGAACAGCGACGGUUUCUGCAGUUGUUACGCAGCCGUGCUCUGCUGACGUAACGAAGAGGACGAGACGUAGACCCAGAGCGGUCGUGAGCUCCGUUACAGCGGACGAAUAUUCGAUGCUUCUCUCUCUCUAUACGUGUUCCCUUCCCGUUCUGUCGUUCCGUAGUUAAUUAUUACAACUUGAGUUUUAUUUUAUAUUUUUUUUAAAAGUGUUAAUUUUUUUGACACUGAAUCAAUAUUAAUCAUUCUGUCAACGCGAGUGAACCAGUGAGAACAAGAAACUUUUUUUUUAAAGUUCUAGUCUGCUCAUUAUUGUAUGUUGUUUUUCAAGAAGAAGAAAAAUUAAUAACUCGAGUUUUUUUUUACCUGAAACGUUUUGGCACUUUGUUAUUCAAAGGAAUACGAUAAUACGUAUAAAGUGACAACACAGACCGUGAGCACGCGCGUGACUUAAUAGGCAACAUCCUCCAUGCCACAGAAAUGACAACAACCUGUGUCUGAAACUAAACGUUUGGAGUAAAAACAAAGAUAUAACAACAGUACCACAAUCCUAUAGAUUCUAGCCUAGAUUCGGACAGAUUAAACUUGGAGAUCGUGUAUAUUUGGAGAGAUUAAACUUGGAGAUCGUGUAGAUCCUAGCCUAAAUUUGGAGUCAUUGUCACCUUCCCAAGACAUCGGUAUUUUGUUUGUUUCUGUUAUAUACCGAAAGCAUCAUUUACUAUACCAAUUUAUCAAAAGAAUGAAAACAAACCAAUAAUUGUGGUUUUGUCCUCAAUCAUCCAUUGUUUUGAACUCGAAAAUGUUAGCUUCAUCGUUUUUCUCAAACUUGAAAGAUUUUCUAACCUAAUACUGGGAAGAAUAUAAAGUAAACAACAUAAUUAAAACCGCUAUAAGAUCUUUUGAAACUUAACCAUGAGUGAUAAUUUGUCACGUUUAGCGUCUUCUGUAUACUGAAGGUUAAACUGUGAUACGCGCCGACGUUACCGUGUGUCCGACUCGGGAGAAUGUCCGGGAGUGCUUUGGAAGAUUCACGUAAAGCCAAUUUCGCUACUUAAAUAAGCGUGGAAUUUUUGAGACCUCGCAAGAAAAUGUGUGAGUUUGUAAUUCAUAUCUAAUGCUAAAUGUUUAGUUAUCUGCUUCUGUAAAGUCAGUACGAGAACUGUUGAGUGAGAAUGUACGUCUAAUUAUUGAAAGGUGUAUAAAGUUGUUCGUUUAACUAAGAGCAGUUGAAACACAUAACGAUAAGAAUUGACGUGUGGACAUAAAAAAAAAAAUUGUGUUCGAUUUUAUUGAUGAUACAAAUAUAGCGACGACUUUUACAAAAAUUUUCACCAUGCCUCACGUGAUACACAUCAUAUGUGCAUGCGUAACCGCGUCUCUGGGCUUAGUGUUUAACGGGUACAUUAUGAUUGUGUUGUUAUGGCAUAAUCAGGGUCACAUUCAGAGACCAAACAACGUUCUUCUUCUCCACCUUUCCCUGGUGGACACGGUGUUUUGUAUUGUGCUCCUCAUCUCCCCCUGCGUCUUUGGGGCCAUGAUGCCUAUCGAAUCUACUCCUGUGGGAUGUACUUUACAUGGUUUUUUGUGGACACUGCUUCCCGUCGUUGUGGUGUGGACGGUAUGUGGACUCAGUUGUGACCGCUACGCCGCCAUUUCUACGCCCCUACACUACUCGCGUCUCGUCAACACGCGACGAGCAGUGAUCUUCUUAGCAGGCGGGUGGAUGUUAGGAACAGUCCUAGCCUUACCUCCACUGUUUGACACCUGUCGUUACGUUUACAGAGACCCUCGCGGCGCGUGUGCUGCCGCGUGCACCACUGGAACACGCGUUGAGCUGAGUUAUGCUGUUAUCUACGUAUCGCUGGCCGUUAUUGUUCCCGUCUUGAUCAUCUUGUUGUGUAAUUUACACAUCUUCAACAUUGCUCGCUACCACCGCCACCGAAUAGUUACGGCCAUUUACGAAGUGACCCUGCGCGCGCAAGCCACCGUGACUCACCAGCGUAACCCUUGCUACCUGUCCAAGUUUAAAGGCAAAAACGCAUUUUUUACAAUAGUACAGCUGGUCGGAUCGGUAGUGGUGCUGGUUGUUCCUUAUUUUAGUGUUAUGAUUUGGGAAGCUGCAACUGGAAAAGAAGGAAGCGACAUCUUAGUUUCCGUGACAACGAUCAUGCUGGGUUGCGUUCCCACCGUGAAUGCCUAUGUUUACGGUGUGAAAAGUCGAGUCCUGCGACACACCUUCAAGUUUCUCUUGCAGCGUCACCUAUACAAACAGGAGGUAGACAGGACCAACCAUCCUGCUAGGUCCACCAUUAAGCGACGCUAUUCAGCUCCAAUAACUUCGACCACGUGGAAGAGUGGGAUAUGUGGUGUGGACGGUCGGGCCCUGCCGAGGCAGUAUUCUGACUGUUCAGUUCCAGCAAUAGCUACACACAGGUUAAAGGUCGUGCAGUCAACUCGGCCGAAGCCACUGGCCACUGGUAAUAAUAUGCCAUCUGCAGAACGAACCGAACAGCAAAGAAACACUACCUCCCUAUUUCCACUCUUGAUUGAACCUGUGGACAAGGUGGUGGAAACUCAUCUUUAGACCAGGUCUAUUGACACAUACCAAACCACAGUCGUGUAGGAGUUAUUGUAUCAAAGCACAGCCAUAUCAUUUUACACUAACUUCUAUUGGACCAAAGCACAGCCGUACACGAGUCACUAGGCCUGCUUUUGAAUAAAUUAUUAGAUUUAAAAAAAAAAUUGUGUGUCAGAAUUAUUCGGACCCAAUAUAUAUAUACUGAUCAACAUUUCACAUUCAAAAAUUUUUAUUGUGUUAAUCUGGACAAAUGUGAAUGAUAUAUCUGAAGGAAAAAUUUCUUCAAACGUGCCAGGUUCCACACACGAAGAAAACAUAAAAGAUUUCUCAAGACAAAGGAAUUUUUUUAAUUCGGAACAUUAAUACGGUAUGGAAAACGUGGUUUCUAAAGGUAUCAUGUUCUAUAAAGUGAUGAUUUCUUAAUUAUCAGUAAUCAUUGUUUGAGUAUAUUGUACGUUAUUCCUAUAGAAAUAAUGUUAAACUUUAUUGUUUGCUACACUAUAAAAUAUUAUUGUUAAUAAUAUUGUUUACAACACCAAUAAAGAUCAUUGUUUAGGAAUACCGUUUGUGGAUUCAUUUUAAAGUAUAUUGUUUACAACACCAAUAAAGAUUAUUGUUUAAGAAUACCGUUUGUGGAUUCAUUUUAAAUAUAUUGUUUAUAACACCAAUAAAGAUCAUUGUUUAAGAAUACCGUUUGUGGAUUCAUUUUAAAUAUAUUGUUUAUAACACCAAUAAAGAUCAUUGUUUAAGAAUAC